AGUUUGAUCCGCUCGGGUUUGGCUCGUGUCAUGUCACGUCAGUCAGCCAUGUUUAUUUCCAAGAAAUGUGAUGGAGAUUGUGAUUUGUGAAAAAUAUUAAUAGAGUGAAAAAUAUUGCGCAUUUUAUGUACUAAACUGUGCUGAGUGAAGCAAGUCAAUUCAAUGUGAUACAUUAACGUGAAAAUGAAUUCAGGAUACAUUACCGUGAAAAUGAAUUGGGGAACUGAGCUUUGGGAUCAAUAUGAUAACUUAGCGGCUCACACACAGAAAGGAAUUGAAUUUCUAGACAAAUAUGGAAACUUCGUUAAGGAAAGAUGUCAAAUAGAAUUAGAGUAUGCAGGAAAACUUAGGAGACUUGUCAAAAACUACCAACCAAAAAGGAAAGAAGAAGACGAAUAUCAGUACACAGCAUGCAAAGCAUUCAGACAGUUGCUUCAAGAGCUAGGCGACUUCGCGGGUCAGCGCGAGGUGGUCGCCGAAAAUCUGCAGUCAAAUGUCGUCAGGGAAGUGCACUUGCUUGCUAAGGAAUUGAGGGAGGAGAGAAAGCAACAUUUGAAUGAGGGUGCAAAACAGAUGGCAGUACUAAAUUCAGCGAUAGGGGCGCUGGACAGAGCGCGGAGAGCUUACGAGCGCGCCGCGAGGGAAUCGGAAAGGGCACUCGAUGCCUUCCAAAGGGCAGACGCAGACCUCAAUUUAAGCCGAGCAGAGGUAGAGAAGCAAAAGGCGAACAUGAAACUCCGGAGCCAAGCGAGCGAAGACGCAAAGCAUGAGUAUGCAGACCAGCUGCGUAAAACCAACGAGGCGCAGCGACAGCACUACGAACAGAGGCUCCCACAUGUCUUCAAACAGUUACAGGAUAUAGACGAGAAAAGAAUAAAGAACAUAAAGAAUUUUAUGCUCAGUUCAGUUGACGUUGAGAGAAAAGUAUUUCCAAUAAUCAUGCAGUGCCUAGACGGAAUGGAACAAGCAGCGAAUAGUAUUAACGAAAAAGAGGACACACAGGCAGUAAUAGAUAGGUACAAAUCCGGGUUUAUGCCUCCUGAAGACAUUCCUUUUGAGGAACAACGCGGGGGUGUGGAUAGCACGGACUCUGUGCCUCACCAUCCACAUAAUCACUUGACAGCGGCGCGCGGCACAGUCUCCGGGCAUCGUAUCAAAAAACGCGGUGGUCUACUCUCCAUCUUCAGCUCCAACAAGAAGAUUAUCGAGGCGUGCAACUCGAUCAAGAAUAACAUGUCUGUGGAUGGAAAGGAGGAUUAUUCAGACUUACCACCGAAUCAGAAGAAGAAAAAACUACAGGCCAAAGUUAGCGAGCUACAAAAACAGGUGGCCCAGGAGCAAGCGGCCAUGGAGGGUUUAAUGAAGAUGAAAGGUGUAUACGAAACCAACCCAACGCUUGGCGACCCAAUGACUGUAGAAGGUCAAUUGAACGAGUGUUGUGAUAAGUUGAAGAAGUUGCGCGCGCAACUACACAAAUUCGAAGAGCUACUGGCCGUGGCCAACAGCCAAGUCUGCGCGCCGCCGCCGCAUCCAACCGCCAGAACCAACGGUGCUACGCCUACGCAAGCCACCAGCAUCGGAUCAAACAGCGAGUCUCUAUCACGGUCAGCGUCAGAGUCAUCAGUGUCGACAGGCGCGGGUGCGGGGGGCGGGUCGGUGUGCGGCGCGGGAGGCACGGGACGCGUGGCCGGCGGCUCGCCUGAGUCGGGCCUGGGCGGCGAGUUGGCCACACACGCCACUAUCGGCGAUCAUGCCAACGGUGACGACCACGAUCACGACAAUGAUCAUGAGUCUGACUUCGACUACUAUUACGAGCCCGACUUGCAGCCGCUAGGUUACUGCAAAGCGCUCUAUCCAUUUGAAGCAAACGGUACGGGGUCAACAAUGCGCAUGGAGUGCGGCGAGCGGCUGCUAGUACUGGAGACGGACGCUGGCGACGGUUGGACGCGCGUUCGUCGUCACCACACACGCGAGGAAGGUUUCGUACCCACCACAUAUAUCGCCACCACACUCUACGCCGAAGCGCAGCACUAGCCGCCGACUGCGGUCGUGCACUGUUGGUCGGUCAGCGACAGCGACAGCGGUGGGUGUCCCUCAUGUUGGGCUACCAACAUCCCCCUGCCUCGUGACUUGUGCGCGUCUCUCGGACUUUGUGCAAUUCACAUACGUUCUUGUGGCCUAUUAUAGUAGCCAGUAUUUUUGCUAUUAUUUAUGGUUACGAAGUGUAAACAUUAUUUUUAUAACGUUGUUUCUAUUCCGAUUAUUCUGGCCAUUGCCACGAAAUCAGAACGACAAAAUCAUAAUAACAUUCCAUGAUCUUAUUUAUUGUGUAAAUUGUUGGCUAUAUGACGUACAUAUUUUCAUGUAUGCCGUAUAGCGUUAUAGCUGUAACGUUAAUUGUAAUAUUGUGUAACUCGUCUAGAUCUUCAUUGUGCCAGCUGUUUUAUGUAAGAAUUUUUUCGUACUUAUUAUAGUUGUUAUUCACUUGCUUUUAUGUGAUUCUGCCAUUGAGUAUUUGAAAUUAUAGCAAAAAUAGAUAGUAAAAUAUGAAGUAAUUGAAAAAUGUAAAAUAUGUAAACUUAAAUUAAUCUCUUAUUGAAUAGUAGCUCCGUAAUUGACAUUGUAUUGAAUGGUUGAAUGAUGCUAUCGUAAACGAAUAAAUAUUUGUAUCCUAUAUGACAUGAUAUAUUGUAAAUGCUUAUGUUUAUUGAAUUAUACAUAGUAAUUAAUGCUAUCUAAAUGUCGUAACUAGCCAAUGCUAUUUUCUGAAUAUUUGCUGUAUGCAAUAAAAGUUAGUUAUAUAUUUAUAUAAUGUACAACGUGGACUCGCUAAGCGCUGGCAGACAAUUGCUACCGUAUGAAAUGGGAGAUGUGUGACGUCGAGUGUUUUAUCUCGUCAUGUAUAAUUAGAUUAAUUGUCUUGAUAGAUGUAAUGUAAAAUGUAUAGAACUAGUUGGUACAUAAAUGAAAUGAUAUGCUAAUGAAGAUCACACGAGUGUUUAUAUAUGCGAGUUUGUAGGUAUCCAUGAAGUAAUCGGCUGCCAGCGCUUGCGCUCUGAA